AUGGAGAACCCCAAUUUCUCAUUUGUGGAAAUUGAUGGCCCUGAUGCUGCAUUUGAGCCAGUCGAUAAGAGCCGGGGCAAGAAUGCCAAACAAGUUAGAUGGGUUUUGCUUCUUAAGGCUAAUCAAGCCGUUGGGUGUGUUUCUUGGCUUGCUUCCAUUUUGUGGGCGGUUCUUGGAACUAUCAAUAGAAGGUUGAUUUUCAGACAAGGUGUAGAUAUAGCGAGUGAGAAGCUAGGAAAGGGUAAAUUGAUGUUCAAAAUUAUCAAAGCCUUCUUAGUGACUUCCCUGUUAAUUCUAGCCUUUGAGGUUCUUGCUUACUUGAAAGGUUGGCAUUAUUUUGAAAAUCCGGAUUUGUACAUUCCACAUGCUUCUGAUAUCCAAGGAUUGUUCCACUUGGUUUAUGUUUCUUGGCUGGAAUUCCGGGCUGAAUAUAUUGCGCCAUUCGUUCAAUCUCUUUCAGUGUUUUGUAUUGUUCUGUUCCUAAUCCAAUCUGUGGAUCGUAUGUUUCUCUGCUUGGGAUGCUUAUAUAUCAAGUUCAAGAAGAUUAAACCAACCAUUAACGGGGAUCCAUUUAAAUCAGAUGACCUCGAAGGAUCACUUGACAAUUACCCUAUGGUUCUUGUCCAAAUCCCAAUGUGUAAUGAGCGGGAGGUAUAUGAGUUGUCCAUUUCAGCAGUAUGUCAAUUAGAUUGGCCGAAAGAGCGUCUGCUAAUUCAAGUUCUUGAUGACUCUGAUGAUGAAAACAUUCGACAGUUGAUUAAGGCUGAGGUUUCGAAGUGGAGGCAACAGGGAAUUAACAUAAUCUAUCGGCACCGUUUUAUUAGGACUGGUUAUAAAGCUGGGAAUCUCAAGUCUGCAAUGAGCUGUGAUUAUGUGAAGGAUUAUGAAUUUGUUGCAAUAUUCGAUGCAGAUUUCCAGCCGAGUGCAGAUUUUCUCAAGCAGACAGUUCCUCAUUUUAAGGAUAAUCCUGAGCUAGGAUUGGUUCAGGCUAGAUGGGCAUUUGUCAACAAGGAUGAAAACUUGUUGACUCGUCUCCAGAACAUAAACUUGUGUUUUCAUUUUGAGAUUGAACAGCAGGUUAAUGGGGUAUUCUUUAAUUUUUUUGGUUUUAAUGGAACUGCUGGUGUUUGGAGAAUCAAAGCAUUGGAAGAGUCUGGAGGUUGGCUUGAACGUACAACUGUUGAAGAUAUGGACAUAGCUGUUCGUGCACAUCUCAAUGGCUGGAAGUUCAUAUAUCUAAAUGAUGUUAAGGUCCUUUGCGAAGUUCCAGAGUCUUUUGAAGCGUACAGGAAGCAACAACAUCGUUGGCAUUCCGGUCCUAUGCAGCUUUUCCGGUUGUGCCUGCCAUCUAUAAUAACUUCAAAGAUAUCGAUAUGGAAGAAAGCAAACUUAAUAUUUCUCUUCUUUUUGUUGAGAAAAUUGAUCCUUCCUUUCUACUCUUUCACAUUAUUUUGCAUAAUUCUUCCUUUAACCAUGUUUAUCCCUGAAGCCGAGCUUCCUAUGUGGGUUAUAUGCUAUGUGCCAAUUAUUAUGACAUUACUUAACAUUCUCCCAGCACCAAAAGCCAUUCCGUUCAUCGCCCCCUAUCUCCUUUUCGAAAACACCAUGUCUGUAACCAAAUUCAACGCAAUGGUAUCGGGACUCUUCCAAUUGGGCAGUUCGUACGAGUGGAUUGUGACAAAAAAAGCAGGUAGGUCUUCGGAAUCCGACUUACUGGCUGUUGUUGACAAGGAUAUGAAAGCAUUGAUUCAACCAGAGAUCAUCCGAGGUGCUUCUGAAAGCGACCUUUCUGAGUUGAACCUGUUCAAAGAACAAAAGCCUCGACCGGUUAAGAAAUCUAACAAGAUAUACAGGAAAGAGCUAGCCCUUGCUUUCCUAUUGCUUACAGCUUCAGUCAGAAGCCUUUUAUCUGCUCAAGGACUUCAUUUCUACUUUCUGCUUUUCCAAGGAGUAACCUUCCUUCUUGUUGGCCUUGACUUGAUUGGAGAGCAAAUCAGUUAA